AUGGCCACCGAUCCAAGCUCGUCGAGCCGCCGUCUUCUUCGCCCACUACUUCCCCGACUUCGCCCCGACCAGGCUGUAGCGCCUCCAGAUUCCGACGAGCCGCAUCCCCGUCGGGUCAAUGCCGCGUGUGAGCCCUGCCGCGCACGCAAGGUCAAGUGCGAUGCCGGACGCCCGUCCUGCUCCAAGUGUGGCGCCCGCCGGUACGAGUGCGUGUACGACACAGCGCCCGCUGAGCGGCGCUCCGAUGCGCUUAAGCGUAUGCUCAGCGACAUGGAGAGCCAGCGGGAUGCUUACAAGAACCUCUUUGACGCCCUCCAGACUAAAAGCGAGGCCGAGGCCGCUGAAAUCUUCCGGUGCGUCCGCCGGGGCGCUGACAUUGCCGCCAUCUGGCGUUACGUCGAGGACGGCGACCUACUGCUCCAGCUUCGCCUAGGCUCCGGAGACGCGGAUACACCGGUGACAGGGCUGCCGGCCCUGUUGGACGACGACCCCUAUCUUGCCCCGUGCCACGCGGCGGAGAUUGUCGACCCGGGCUUUGGCUUCGCAAAAGCAGCAGCCUGGGCGAGCGUCGUCGACAGCUACCGCUUCUUUGUCACGCUGCUCAAGGCCUAUUUCCAGCACCAGUUCUGCUCUCCACUUCUCGUCAACGCGGUCCUCGCUGCUGCCUGUCACGGAGCACCAUCGCGAACCGUGCCGACCUUUGGGAUCCGCAGUCUCGAGUGCCGCUUGCUGGACGAGCUGGUUGUGCUCUCCAUUGCCAACGACCCCAACGGGCAGGAGGGCUGCAAUGUCGCGCUCCUUUACAGCCUGGCGGCUGUUCAGCUGCAGCCUGUCUACCGCUUUCACGUCUUCAAGUCGCCCCUGAUAGUGUCACCACCACAGGCUCCACUGCCCGACCCCGAAACGGACGAGGGCUGGUACGGCGAGAUAUGGCUGCGAUACCCGGGCGGUCAACUUCUUUUCCCUCUCGACUUUGGCUACUCGUUCGAGGCCGCGUGCAAUUUCCGUUUGAUCAUCAACGAGCUCGGGUCCUCCUACUUUGGCGUCAGGGGGCAGCUGCGGAAACUCUCGCUCUCUCAGGCCUUGCGCUUCCACAACAGGAUGCUCCAGUGGUAUCAAGGACUCCGGACACAGAUAUCACCCACCAACAUCAUCAAGUACCCUCACCAACUCAAGAUCCAGUCAGGCGAGCCCCGGGCAAUCCACGUGAUCGCAACAGGCCAUGUUCACUAA